CUAAAAAAAAGUUUUUUGUUUGUGUCUGUUUAGAUUCUCAUUCAUCCAGAUCAUGGUAAUCCGCAAAGGUUGAAUCGAGGCAACUAUUUGUAGAAUUUGUUCUCCACUUUCACCUGUAAAUAGAUUAUGUAAUCGUUUUGAUAGAGAUUAUACCUUUUAUCUUCAAUGUAAAAAACUUUAUAAUCCUGAUUCAGCCAUCAGAAAUAAUGCACAAUAAGGGAGACUGCUUUCAAUGUAGAUAAGCGUGCGUGUGCGCAUGUGUGUGUGUGUGUGUGUGUUAUGUAACAUGGCUUUGCAUGGAUUUUAUAUAAACGUUACAAUUUAUUCAUGCGGUGUACGUCAUCUGUCUGCAGGCAUCAAACAAGUUGUGUUUGUGCUUGAUGCAGCAGCUGCAGGAUACAUUCAGCUGUAACUAAGGUAUUCUGGUUUCUUACCACACACACAGCCCUCUCUCUCUCUCUUUCUCUCCAUCCAUCUUUCCAUCUGUCCUCCUGACUGCAGUCUGCAGCCGCUGCCCACAGAUGCUGAUGCUGCUGAGCAACAGCGUUCUCUUUUGCAUUAAAUGUGAUGAGACAUCCCGUAAUUGCUGCGACAAAGACGGACUACACAGUUACAUAGAGGUAGCUCAAUCUACUCAGAUAGAUAAAUAAGAAAAAGCAGUGCUGACAUAACAGAGAAGUGGGAUAAGAAAUAGAAAGAAUGAUGGAAAAGAUUGGGCCGAAGGGUUAAAAGAUUACUACAAAAAAAAGUCGGGGGAGAGUAGUUUGAAUGGCAGAUGAGCAAGGGAAGGGGUAGAUGGAGGGGGAAGACCACAGAGGGCUAUGCUGCAGUAGAAUGAGGGUCAGAGCGGAAGAGCACUUGGGCUGCCAGCCUUCUGCACCCUGCUCAGGCUCCAUCGCCGCUCACUCCUCUCUCUGACGAGGCUACAAGAAGAAUCCACGGUGGAGGCAAGAAGGAGAAGGAGGAGGGGGGCUGAGGAGGAGGAAGCCAGAGGUUCUACACACAAGAUGGCUGCUGUGUCCUCUGCCUCUGACACUGCAGGGGACUCCAGGGGCCGUCACCCCCCUGAACGCCGGCUGCUGAUCCUCGGUGGUCCAAAAGCUGGUAAGACCUCCUCAGCCAACACCAUCCUGGGAGAAGAGGUCUUUGACGCUGGGACGGAGACUACUCACAGCAACGUGGGUCAGACGGAGAUCUUCGGCCGUCGGGUCACAGUGGUAGAUACGCCCCCGUGGGCCAUUCCCGGUGACACGGAGGAUGACACAGAGGCAGAUGAUAACGGAAACACUGGCGCCGAGUCGGAGAGCCUGCCAAGACCCCCGCCCAGCCUGGACAGCGAGGGGCCUUGCAUGGGGGCCAUCCUGUGCCCUCCUGGACCUCACGCAAUCCUGUUGGUGGUGUCUGUCAUGCAGCCUUUCACCGACACUGAGAGGAGAGCUGCUGAGGAGCAGCUGGGGGCCCUGGGGGGUGGAACCUGGAGAUACUCCAUGGUGCUCUUCACUGGCAUGGACAAGUUACACAAGGGAGUCUUCAUUGAAGAGCAUAUCGCAAACACAGGAGAGGCCCUGCAGUGGUUGGUGGAGAGAUGUGGAAGCAGGUACCACGCUUUUGAUAACAGCUGGAAAGACACAGAGGACAAUACACAGGUACCCGAGCUGAUGGAAAAGGUGGAGGAAAUGAUCACUGACAACCAAGGCUGGUACUUUGAGGUGAACGAGCUGAUCUUGCUGGAGGAGGAGCAAGCAAGGAGAGCUCUGGAGGAGGAGAGGAUGAGGAUGGAGGAACAUGCUAGACAAAGAGAGCAGAUGAUUGGAGGUCCUCCCAGAGAACUGAGGUUGCUGUUGUUAGGCUGGAAGGGGGUUGGAAAGAGCUCCGUGGGGAACGCCAUCCUGGGCCGUCGGUUCUUUGAGUCGGGCCAGGAGACGGACCUCUGUCUCAGGAGGCAGGCGCUUGUGUCCGGUCGCCGGGUCACCAUAGUCGACACCCCGGGCUGGGACUGGUUCUCAGUGCGGCGUACACCAAAGCGCAUCCGUCAGGAGUCACAGCGUGGCGCCGCCCUUCUGCGACCUGGACCCCACACACUGCUGCUGGUUCUCCCCGUCGUCUCCUCCCUCACCGCCAGGAAGAGAAGAACACUUCUGGCCCACAUUGAGACUCUGUUUGGCGACACCGCCUGCCUCCACACCAUGGUACUGUUCAGUUGUGGCGACUGGCUGGGCCGAACGCCCAUCGAAGAGCACAUACUCAGAGGGGGCCGUGAACUGCAAAGACUGCUUGAGUACUGUGGGAACUAUUACCAUGUCAUGGACAGUAAGACCCCUGGCAAGGACAGGAGUGUCUCAAACCUCCUGGAUAAGAUUGAGGAGAUGAUCAGGGAGAAUGGGGACAAGGCCUUCCUCCCUGUGCAGACCGAAUGGUUGAGCGAGGAGAGCUCUUACUCAUCGGACAACACAGAGCCUGAGGACGACUGUCGAGGGUGCCAGCUGCAGUGAUGAAGGUGAAAGCAAAGAAGUUAUUUGUGCGUUUACUGUUCUUCUGAGUGUCCAAUAGGACAAAACCUAACCUCAUGUACCUAUAGCCUCAUCUAGAUAGCCGUUCUAGAUGUGUUAGGAAGUAAGAGGAAUUGAUAGUGAGUAGUUCUUUGUUCAAGAAAAACACUGAUGGUUGUUGGACGAGGAUCACUUUUGAGCGCUCUUACAGAGGAAAUGUUACCAUGAAUAUAUUUACAGAUUGAGGUGCCACAGCAAACUGAAGGAUUACUCCUCUCUGUAACCCUUUGUUCCAUCCACACACUUCUAGGAUUUAGAGUUGAAGAGUUGAGUUGAGUAAUGAUUGAUGCAGCCACUGAGCACAUCGUAAGUCUAAUCCAUUUCAAUCAUGAAGAGAUUUGUUUAAGAUGACAUUAUCUGGAGAAGCCAGCUUGUUUUCUUUCUUGUCUGUUAAAGGACAAAUUGGAGGAACGCUUCCUUCUGCUAUUGCAGCUUUCAUUUUGAAAAGAGCAACAAUUCUGUAUCUCCUUUCACAGGGAAACGCUUCAGUUAAGAAACUGAACCAUUGACCAUUGAACACCAAAUGAAAACAGGUACUAUGCCAGAUGAUGAUAGAUGUGAAAUCUGCUGGGAGCAAGUGCACUCGAUAAUGUUUGCUCACUCACUCCAGUACGCCUUUGCACAAGAAAGUUGAUCAUUUUAUGAGAACUUUGAAUUCUGAGUGAUAUUAAAAAAAUUUAAAAAAAACUUCCUUCAUUAAUAUUUGAUUCGUUUCCGCUCGUGAGACAGGGUUGAAAUGAUCUCUCUCGGGUAAAAUCUGGCACAUUUACCAAAAAGCUGGGGUAAUGCUGAUUGAAAUGCUACAAACAUUGGUCACAUUAAAUCAAAAAGCUCUGGUUUGCAGAAACUACAGGAGAGUCUUUGUACUUUGGUUUCAAUUAUUUACUUUGAGUCUAUUGUGCUAGUAGAUUAUGAUAGUCCAUUAAACAAAUUGAGUCAUAAAUAUAGUCAUAUAAAUUGGACUCGUGCUCAAGAGUGACAAAAACACUAUGGAAGCGACUGUAUAGGAAGAAUCGUGUGGAGAGGCCCAGACUGGCUGACUCUGCUUCGCCAUUUGUGCUAAUUCGUCCAGUGUGUUUGUUGACAAGUUCAACUCUGCUCUACGUGCCUCAGCAUCAAAGCGUGAUAGUGGGAGUACAGCCUUGCUGGAGGGCUGUUUCCUAUAGAAUACGUCAAGCUUUUGCAUGCUACAGAAACCACAUAACCUCAUGAAUCACUGAAGCUCAAAAAUAGGGCUCCCAAGCAACUUUUUCUACAUUAAGAAUAAAUCUGCGAUACAAGAUAUAUAUCCAUCGCUCUGAGGCAUGUUAAAACACUGCAUGCAGAUAAAUGAGUUUCUAGAGAUUUGAUGGCAAACCUCACUUCCUUCCACCUUUGACACCUGCUUGAAGACACCCAUGUGAAUAUCUGGUAUAACUUCACAUCCCUGUACUUUUUACAUCUGCAAGCAAAAAUAGGAAACAAAAGAACUUUUACAUGCAUUUAAAGAUGUUUAUGUGACCAAUACCUCAGCCGCACUGUAAAAUGUUAUUUUGAUCUAAACAACAGACCCAGACCAUGCUUCUGUCUAUGCUUAAGUAAGUCUGUGCUUCAUCUAAUUACAUGGCCUACUGCAGCAGCUACAAGCAUGAUUUAACAGUUUGAUGUGUGGAUGUUUCAAUCGUUUGUUUGUAUCGGGAUUGUUCCUCUGUGGCUUUCUUGUAUACGCAGUGUAAUAUUGACAGUGUAACGUAUGUUCUGAUGUCGCUUUUAUGUGAAGCAUUUUGCACUAUAUAAGGUCUGCCACUUCACUGUAGCUCAAAGUGAUGUUACUUGCUGUGUCAUUCCUCGUUAAUGGUGAGGAUGACAUCAUCGGCACUUUGUUCAUUGUCAUACAAUAAAAGAUACUACUAUAUUGUU